AUGAAGAAGGACGGUGACGGUGACGGUGGGAGCACACGAACUGUAUACAAUAUAUUCGAAAUCAUGGAUGAAAUCUUUCGUCUAACAUUUGCUAUUAUAUUAAUGAUCCGGAUCCAAUGCGCGGUUAUUGUGAACGAUGAAUUUGUCACCGUCGAAGACGAACCGUACAGGCAAAACUUAAAUGAAAUCCUAAGUUUCGACACAGAAAGGAUAAGAAGUGGAAGGAUAUUGUGGCCGUAUCCUUUAAAUAAUAAAACUGAACCUACGGCGUCCGUAACUAAUCAGGCAGGAAAUACGGAAAGCGAAGACGAUGUCAAAAUGAGAAAGAAAAGAUUUCUACACUGGUCGUAUCCACAGAGCCCAAUAGUUGAUAUGAUGAUGCAGACGAUGGCAAUCAACUACUCUCCAACUGUCUCUAAUGAUCCAUUUGAUUUUCUACGAGACUCGUAUCCAUUGCCGAACGAUGAUGGGAAACCCUUGGAAGAAUACGAUUACGUAAUAGUUGGUGCUGGCACAUCAGGCUCAGUGCUGGCGGCUCGGUUGACUGAAGGAAAACCUAAAGCAACAGUGCUGCUGUUAGAAGCUGGAAAACCGGAGAUGCUCCUUUCAGACAUACCAGCUUUAACCCACUACCUUAAAGAGACCGAAUAUGUUUGGCCUUACACGAUGGAACAUCAGUCUGGUGUUUGUUUAGGGAGCGAGGAGCAGCGUUGUUAUUCACCACAAGGCAAAGCUGUUGGCGGUUCCAGCGUUGUAAACGACAUGAUAUACUCGCGAGGCCGCCCCCAAGACUGGAACAGGAUCGCGGCGAGCGGCAACUACGGGUGGUCUUAUGAGGAAAUUCUACCCUAUUUUAAGAAAUCGGAAAGGUGCGAUCUCAAGAAAUACAGAAACGCCCCGUUUCGAGGUCGCGAUGGUGAGCUAACGGUCGAGAACGUUCCGUUCAGGACUGGCCUUGUUGAGGCUUUUCUUGCAGCAGGAAGACUACAUGGUCACCCUACAAUUGACUACAAUGCACCAGAACAGCUUGGGUUUGGGGAAAUAAUUUUAUCGGCGGGACCGAUUGCCUCACCGCAAUUACUCAUGCUAUCGGGUAUAGGUCCUAAAGACCAAUUGGAAGUAUUGGGCAUUCCAGUUGUUUCGGACUUGGGCGUUGGAAAAAGCAUGUAUGACCACCUUGCAUUCCCUGGAGUCAUCUUCAAAUUACAUUCAAACAACGCCAGUUUACAGGAGUCGAAAGUGGCAACUUUACCAAAUUUGAUGCAGUGGUUGCAAUUUGGCGAUGGACUUAUGACGACACCAGGCUUAGUAGAAGCUGUAGGAUACAUAAAGACCAGCUUAGCUAGUGACCAUGAACAAUCACCAGACGUGGAGUUGCUUAAUUUAGGUGGUUCAAUUGCUUCAGACUCAGGUGGUGCAUUUAGGAAGAGCUUGAAAAUAUCGGAUAAAACAUAUAUAACAGCUUUCAGCCGCUUAACGACUGUGACACUUGGUCAGCUGUACCCGUUCUUCUACAUCCGAAGUCAAAGGGCUGCCUUAAAU